ACCCAAUCCAAACCCUGCGAGCCUGUCCUGUUUGUUUUUCUUUCUCAACUGGAAACCGCCGUGGAGGGCAUUGAGCAAGCAGGAGGCGAACCAGUUAAAAGUCGCUCUCUCUGCGCGUCAUCCCAUCUCAGUUUUGCGUUUUAAAUAUCCAGAUCGUUUCCAAGAUGGCUCGUUCACUCACGCUGGUCAUUUUCCUGAGCGGCGUAGCUUGCAUCGCCGCCGGAAUUCCGGGCGGAUACACACGGAAGACCGACCACCAGACUAACCCCAAGUACCUGGAACUCGCACACUUCGCAACGUCCUCUUGGUCUGCCGGGCAGGCGAACAAAGCAUAUUACGACACCGUCGAAGAAGUGCUCGAAGCCCAGACGCAGGUUGUUGCUGGAAUCAACUAUAAACUGACUCUCAAGGUGGCGGAGUCUGUCUGCGAAAUUACAUCCCAAUACACGAAGGAGGCCUGCACACCCAAGCCAGAUGCAGUACGCAAGACUUGCACGACUGUCAUUUACGAGAAGGUCUGGGAGAACAUGAAGUCGGUGUCUUCAUUCAGCUGCCAGGAGGCGGCUGCACCUGUAGUCACCAAACUUUCGGGCAAGAUAGACCCAAAGAGCCUGACCUAUGCCUAUGUGUCGAAACACCUGAAGCUUUCACAGGAGCGCUCCCUGUUUAGUAUCUUUCUCAAGGCUUACAACAAAACCUACAAGGACAACAAAGAGUAUGAAUCCAGGUUCAUGAUCUUCAAGAACAACCUCGAGAGGAUCGCACUCUUCAACAGGCUUGAGGAAGGCACAGCCCACUACGGAUUGACCGAGUUCUCAGACCUCUCUUUGAGCGAGUUUGAGCGCCAUCACCUGGGACUGAAGAAGGACCUGAAGGAGCACCUCGCUGAGGUGACCCCCAUCGAAGUGGGACCCGUGCCAGGGCCCCUACCCGACCUCUUCGACUGGAGGGACAAGGGGGCCGUGACCAAGGUCAAGAACCAGGGAGCGUGCGGAUCUUGCUGGGCUUUCUCGACGACUGGAAACAUAGAGGGCCAGUGGUUCCUGUCACGCAAGAAACUCUUGUCGCUCUCCGAGCAAGAACUGGUGGACUGCGACCACGUCGACAACGGUUGCGAGGGCGGCUACAUGGGACAGGCUUUCAAGGCGGUCAUUGAAAUGGGUGGCCUCGAGACUGAAAGCGACUACCCGUACAAGGGCAGCGACAACAAUUGCACUUUCAACAAGACCGAAAGCAAGGUGCACGUCCAGAGCUUUGUGGGACUUCCUCAGAACGAGACAGAGCUUGCUUACUGGCUCAUGCAGCACGGCCCCAUUUCAAUCGGCAUAAACGCCAAUGCGAUGCAGUUCUACUUUGGCGGCAUCUCUCACCCGUGGAAAUUCCUGUGCAGUCCGUCCAGCAUUGACCACGGGGUCUUGCUUGUCGGGUUCGGUGUCGACAAGCGUAGCUUCCGUCGCAAGCCGGUCCCAUACUGGAUCGUCAAGAACAGCUGGGGCUAUUACUGGGGCGAGCAGGGAUACUACAGGGUCUACCGCGGGGACGGUACCUGCGGCGUGAACCAGAUGGCGCUGUCGGCCGUCAUCAAGCCAAAGAGGCAAUAAUUCUGGGCAGGUUUCUAGCCGUUCCAUGGUAGCACGUUUCUUACCGGCUUCUCAACGAGGCCUAUCAAAGCGACUUUUAAUUGCGCUCACUGCGAAACAAGCCCCGCAACCCAGUGCUUUUCAUGAAGGAUUGGUAGCCUGGCUUCACAAGACUGGUCACAUGUGGCGCGAUGUUUCUACGCUCGACGCUGUUUCUUGCAGAAUUUUUUCUCUUGGUUUGCUAGCUUAUUGCUUGGGUUUUGGAUUUAGAGCUAGAACCUUUGUAUUGGAGGAUCCCCAAGAAGCUGUCAUGUUGCCAGUCCUGCAAGUGCUCUUUCUGGAAGAUCUGUGCCAACCACUGUUUGGAGUUUUUCAUAAGCAUAUGUCCGGUUAGAGGUCUGCACAAGUCAAUAUUUAGGAGCCCGGCCCAGCCUGGCCUGCUGUCGCCUGGACCCGGGCCUGCCCGCAGCCCGCUAUCCAUUGUUGACACCCGGCCUGGCCUGGCCCGGCCCGACAGUACCUUUCACGCGGCAGCUUAGGCUCGUUCUACUUUCGCCCAGUACGAAUGGCUCACAAAUUACGCGGCAUGGCAGCUCGCGUGGCACUGCUACAGAUGUUGACCACAGUACUCAAUAGCGAUGCAGUAAGCUUCCUUUUUUUUUUUGCUACUAUUAUUAGUUCUACUAAUCUCCAGGCCUAGACAGCUCGUUAAGAAAAAUGACCUCCAUCAUCCUUUUUUGCGAUCCGACCCGCGUAUCAGAAAGGACAGAAAAAUAAAAAUGGCAAGCAGCAGUAGACAAAGCCAUGUAUCAGUGUUGAAAAGGAAAGAAAACGUUGCAACGAGUUCGGACAAAAGACGCCUUGAUUUAGCGAAGUCGUCUUUUGAACCAAAACUUUUAUUAAAUCGCGAAUUUCGUUGGACUGAGGUUUUUGUUUUUUAGCAUUGCAAUUGGUCUUACAGGCUCCCAAAACCCUCCAAUUGCCUCGCAUCUUGCGAGUGAUCGUUUACAAAAAAAGAUUCCACAACAAUAUGUGGCAGUAAUGGAAGAAUGCAGUUCGUCGACGUUAUAGCGCGCCAAAAUAUCCGGGACGCAAUCAUGUAGCCAGUCAGCAACUCUGAUUGCGUUUGCCGCAGCAGACUCUUUGCUCACCACCUUGCCGACGAUGCUGCGGGGCACUUUUUAAAUCGUUGCAGCCACCCACUGCUGGCUUCAUUUCGUUUCGGAAUUUCGUUAGCGGGCUUCGUUAGAUUGAGGUUCAACUGUACAAACACACACACAUGCUUUCGGCAUUUGUCUUCCCCCCUCCCUCACUUAACCCCUCGAACAAACUUUCAAAAACAUUGCUGCUAAAAAAGAAAAAAAUGUACCGGUAACUGCCGGUUUGGCCUGCCUCGGCCCGCCUUGUAGACUUGAAUGCAAGGCCCGUGCCCCGCCCGCGUUCCUCAUGAAUGUAGCCAUAAUGCCCGAGUCCGGCCCGCGAGCUGGCCCAUACUUGUGCAGACCUCUACAUCUAGUGACUGAAACUGUUUUACAUGAUAUGACAGAUGUUCUUACUAGUGAACCGUGUGCCAAGCCGAAGUUCCUUUUUUUUUAUUUAAUUGAGUCGUUUGUUUUAACGAACUUAUGUCGCUUUUUAUGACAACAGAGUUUAAGGCUAUGAAGUGCUAUUGUUCCGUAUUUUACUAGGGUAAACGUACAUACUUAUAAAUUCUGCCUUUCCGUCGUCUAACUAAACCAAUCGGUUUCGUCAGACGUCAAUCGCCAAAAGGAAAAAAAAUGUUUUUGGCAACUGGAUUUUUUUUUUUUUAGGUUUAGUUAUUGAUCAAGUGUUUUCCUCUCCCACAUUUAUAUGGCAUACUUUUUAAUGUGUCAAUUCAGUUCUCCACAUUCAGUUCCUUUGACGUGGGCCAUUGUCAAUGUAACAAAAAAUGAGUUGAUAUUCACUUGUUUUAAUAAUUACCCUUUAUGCUUGAAAGAUUGCACCACCCUCUAUGAUGCUGACUCAACCAAAAUCUAGCAUCCACAAAUAUAAAAGUUUUAAGAUUGUGAUUAGUGUGUGUAUUAGCGCAUUAACGAACAAAUGUCUAAACCGUAGAUCCCUUUUUGAGUUCUAUGCACCAUUUAUAUUUCUGAAAAGGGGCCACAUUUCCCACUUGAUCCCUUUGAAAAACAAAAUGUCAAACAAGAUUUUAUAUAAUUGAUUCAACUGCAUAUCUGUUGUGUGACCUUCACAAGACUUAGAAGACAGUUGUGAUCCAGCCCUGGCUUUCUGUCACCUCUAGUAUAGAUGCUUAUUUCCGCUAGCAGUUAUAAACAUGAACUGGGUUGCUUUUUUAUAGUAUGAACUCUUCUAUUAUUAUAUAAGAUGUGUGAUCAGCCGAAAGAACUUAGUUUGAUUAUCAAUUAUCAAAUGUGCAUCUCUUCCUAAAGAGUUACAGAUGAGCACGAUAAGACAUUGUUGAACUGUUGUGGGUUUUUUUUUUUUCCCUUAUCUGAAGUCUGGGUGCUUUGUCAGUAUUGUCGACUUCCAUACAAGAGCCAUAUUGCUCUCCCCGUUUGUUGCUGUGCAUCCUAUAAUCUCCUACAACAAUUCUCCUACGAUAAUUCUCUAGACAUGUCCCCAACUACUCUUUCGCAUGUCUUCCAUGAAAGACUAUAUUUUGUGGCAGUUAGUCUUUUUUAUGCUACACCUUUUUACUAAGCUGCUGUUUUGGAGUGUAGUACUACUCAACUGUUGAGAAGUUUGAUCAUUCUAUGUAGCUCAUUGUGUAUCUUUCCGAACAAGGCGUAGUCAAUAUGAGGCCCUCCGACUGAGUUUACACGCAUAACCUCGACUAUGCAUAUAUAUGACCAACAACUAUGCAACUUUCUAUAUAUUUUUGUGGUUUCUACGGAAUUGUGAAGUGGUUUCUCGUGUUUAGUUUGAUGAAGGUAUCAAGUGCUUUACUAGAAAGAAUACAGUCCACUUCGCUCAUUGGCAUUGUACAUGGUGUGCCUAGAUUACAAAGCGUUGUCACCUGCUUGAUCAGGGACACAUGGUAUAUCGGCUGCGUUUGCGAUACCAGCUGUGAGGAGGAGUCGAAAAGUUGGUCGUCCGCACGCAGCGUUACUAAAACACUCCGUUGAAAAAAACGCCCUAAAACCCCGGACCAGACCGCGUCCCCCGAGACCAAGCUAAAUACGAUAACAGCGCCACCCUUUAGCAACUAGUAAAAACAUGAAAGUUCAUUUAUAUUGCUACUGCGAAAUGGCGCCACCAGCCCUUGCGGGACUCGACUUUAACCGACACGUACAGACGCGCAGUUCACGGAGUGGCCGCUGCAGGAGAAAUGGCGGCGUUUCGAUCGUCAUUCGUUCGGUUCUCGAGUGCGGAUCGAAGCCACUUUUUCAAAGGAGGGUCUAUGGCAGUUUCCCAACUGUCUUCUAGUAACGUUGUCUGCAAGCAUGCGCUUUAAAUCAAGGCUCUCUAAUUAGCGCACCUACAGCGCCGAAUUCUCCCCUAGCGGUAUGGACAAACCGCGUCCAAGAACGCAUGCGCAUCGCACACGGUGCCGAAGGAUACGUUUACCGUCGGCGUACCGAGACGCCACGUUCCCCGAGAUUGCUGUAUACUAGGGAUCUUGUGCAGACUGUCUCGGCCCACGACGUUAGAUGGCGGCAUCCAGCCGUCCGAACUACGCAAAAACCCCUUCACGCUAAGGCCACUAGAUUUUCGCGGAGCGACAUGUAUUCCUCUAGUAAAGUAUUUGAAGAUAUUGCGGAUCUGCGAUUUUUUACUGUUCUUUUUCGGUUUCCUGAAGGUUGAAGGCGAGUUAGUUACUGUAAGAUUUCCCGACUGAAUGCCCAUCCACGAUAAAAAGAUAGAA